UAAAAUAUGGUAUAUCUUGGAGAAGAUUCCCAGAGGGAUGAAGAGUGAGAAGAAAGUGUAUUCUGCUGUUGUUGGAUGAACUCUUCUGUCUCCCUGCUUCACUCUCAUUCUGCUAGGUCUGUGUGUGCCCAAGCUCCAGGGCCUCUCUCCAGGAAGAUGGCUGACCACCAAAAUGACACUCUGAGAAUUGUUCUGGUCGGGAGAACUGGAAGUGGGAAAAGUGCCUCAGCAAACACCAUCCUUGGGGAAGAUAAGUUUAAAUCUCAGAUUUCUGCCCAAGCUGUUACCAAGACCUGUCAAACAGAAACCCGAGCAUGGAAGGGAGGACAGCUUCUUGUUGUUGAUACUCCAGGGCUCUUUGACACCAAGCAGAGUCUGAAGACCACGUGUGAAGAGAUCAGUCAGUGUGUCCUUUACUCCUGCCCAGGACCUCACGCCAUCAUCAUGGUCAUGCAGCUGGGCCGCUACACAAAGGAAGAGCAGAACACUCUUGCAUUGAUCAAGACAGUCUUUGGGCCGGAAGUCACAAAGAACAUGAUAGUCUUGUUCACUCGCAAGGAAGAGUUGGAGGGCUGUAGCCUUGAUAGCUUCCUGGAAAGUGCGGAUGUGAACCUAAGAAGCAUCAUCAAGGAGUGCGGGAACCGCUAUUUUGCCAUUAGCAACAAAGCAGACAAGGUCGAGAAGGAAGUUCAAGUGCAGAUGCUGGUGGAGCUGAUAGAUAAGAUGGUGGAGAACAAUGGAAGGUCUUACUUUUCUCACCACAUAUAUGAGAACAUAGAGGAAAAGCUGCAAAAGCGUGGAGAGAUUCUGAAGAAAAUUUAUGCUGAAGAACGAGAUAAUGAAAUCCGACUAAUAGAACAGGAAUAUGCUACUAAGCUAGAGGAAGAAAAGGAGGAACAAAUAAAAUUAACAAUGAUGAGAUAUGAAGAAAAAUUAGAAAUAUAAGGGCAGAAGCUGAGAAGAAUAUAUUCAAAGAUGUGUUAAGUGUGAUUUUGAAGACAAUUUCAAGAGUCUGGCAUACAUUUUGGAAGUAAUGUAAUUUUCAUUCUUUCCUUUUAAUUUAGUACCAUUUGUUACUGUAGUGAAUUACUGUAUGUUUCCAAAGAUGACUACGACAAUAUUUCCCAUCUCCUGAUUUAUGGAGAUAUAGUUGACAAAUAAAAAUUGCAUAUAUUUACUGUGUACAGUGUGAUGUUUUGACAUAUGUAUACCUUGUGAAAUUAUUUAUUCAAGGUAGUUAAUACACCUGUCACCUCAUGUAGGUCUUCUUUUUAGUGCAGUGAAAACAAUUUAAAGUCUAUUUUCUUAGCAAAUUAAAAAAACAAAAAACAAAAAAACAAAACAAAAAAAAACAAGAUGGCAUAAUAACUAUAGAAACUGUGUUGUACUUUAGAUCUCCUGAACUGAUUCCUCCUGCAUAAUUGAACAUGUGUGCUCUUUGAUGAACAUCUCCCCAUUUCCACAAAUCUCUAGUCCCUGGAAACUAACAUUGUACUCUUGGCCUCUAUGAUUUUGACUUUUCAGAUUCCAUGUAUAUGUGAGACCAUGCAGUGUUUGUGUUUAACUCAAUUCACUUGGCAUAAUGUCCUCUAGUUUAUCCAUAUUGUUGCAAAUGACAGGAUAUCUGCAACAGUUGAUAUGAAUUGUCAACUUGAUUGGAUUAAGAGAUGUGGAAGAUUAAGAGGCUUCUGUGUGUGUCAAAUGAGGGUGUGUCUAAGAAUGAUUGGCAUGUGGCAUAGCAAACUAAAGAGGAGACCCUCCUUCAGAUGGGCAGCAUCAUCCAAUAGGCUGGAAACUUGGAUGGAAUAAAGGUUGAAAGAAUAUGGAAGCAGCAGCAGAUGCAAGCUCUGUUCUUCUUAUGUUCUUCUAGGUUCUUGAUUGCUACUGUGAUCAUCUGAGGAUAUCAGACUCUUGCUCCUUCACUCUUCCAAAGUGGACUCUGCCACUGAUUCUCCAGAAGCCUUCGGUCUUGGACUGGGGUAGCACUGUUGAAACCUUUGUUGUGAGGCUUUAGAUUGCGCAGCUACUGGUUCCUCUAGCUCUUGAGCCUGCAGAUGGCCAUUGUGAACUAUCCAGCUUCUAGUUGUGUAAGCCAAUCUAAUAAAUCCGCUUUUUAUGAUCAUA